AUAAUAAAAUAUAAAAAUACAGUGAAAAAUCAUCGAAAAAAAACAGAAUUACUAUAAAAUAAAUAGCAAAAUGUCGGCAUUUUUAGUAGUGUUAAGAAAUAAAAAUAAAUUGAUCUCGGUACGAGAUACAUGGGUAAAAAAUCCAAUUAUUGACGAGAAGACUAUUAUUUUUUAUUCGCCGAAUGACCAAGAAAUUCCAGACUUUGACAUGAAACCAUCGUACUUUUUUAACGAAAACACGAAAGCAUGCUACGAAGGACGUAUUGUUAAGCGUUUCGAUUCCAUAGAAGCAAGCAAUAUGUUCCUUAACAAGCGUUCGCGUAGAUAUAUUUUCAACGAGGAUAGCCACAUGAAAGUGUUUCAACUUCCAGAAAUUGUGGAAUCAGUUGAACUGAGCGACGAUGAUUUUUUGGCCGAAGACACAAAUAAGAGCCGAGAUCUUGACAAAGAAAAUAUACCAGAAAAGGUUAUGGGUAAUGCAAGCAAAGUGGAUGUUGUUCACAAUCGUGUAGAAAUGGAACAAGAAACUGUGGCACCUUUAGAACGGAAUGAUUUAUUCACUGAUGUGCUUAAGGAAACGUUGCCUGUGAUUGAAAAUAUGCACGGGAAACAACCAAUUUCUGGAGUUAUUCGACCCAACGACCCACUGAAAUGCAUUGAAAAUGAUUCAACUGAGAAUAUGAACGGGAAUUCUACAUCAAGCGGUUUACUCAUACGCAAAUUCUAUAUGCCAACAAAUAUCAAUGCAUGCCAAAAAACUGCAAUUUAUCAAAGAAGUAGUCUUGGAGAAGGCGUGAAUAAAAUAACAGAUCCCGGUCACAAAAAUCAAUCAGUUUCCCGAAUGAUUCGACGGCACUAUGCACCGAAAUCACUUGCAAAUGCUUCAAACAAGAAUGUAACUGGAUUUACAACAUCAACUGAUUUACUCCGGCGUGAAGUCGAUAUGACAACAAAUACCAACGAAGUUGUGAAUAAAAUUCCACAAAAUCAACCAGUUUCUGUGAUGGUUCGACGAACCUAUGACCUGAAAUUGGAUGCAAAUUAUUCAAACAAGAAUGUGACUGGUGAUCACACAACACCGACCGGUUUACUCAUACGCAAAUCAUAUGUACGAAACAUCAAUGACGAAGCAUGAGCAUGAAGAGCUAU